CCUCCCUGCACUUGUAGAGAUGUCGUCGGUUGAAGCCCUUGCACAGGUCAUCUCGAACGGCGUGAAGGACAUCCAAGCGCAGUGCACCGCGAGGGGCUUUUCGUACCCGACGCCCGACGUCGUGUGCAGCCCCGAGACGGACGCGAUACAGAACGAGUUUUCGUCGCAGGCGGCACCAAUUAUUGCUGCCGCGUAUCAGCUCAUCGCGACGCUCUCCCACCCGCAGCCGUAUCUUCUCGGAAUGGGUCUCUGGGGGUACUUCCCUGCAUCGCUUGCAUACAUUGAUGCGACAUUCGUGCCCGAUAUUCUACGAGAGGCAGGCGAUAAGGGCUUGCAUGUUAACGACAUCGCUGCUGCCACCAAGGUCCACCCAGGACGCCUCGGCCGUAUCCUACGUUUGCUUGCUACCAGGCAUGUCUUCGAAGAGGUUGCACCCGAUGUCUUUAGGAACACUAGGCUGUCGUCUGGCAUGUGCCUUGGAAAGUCCGUCAAGGAGAUUUUAGAAAAUCCAUUGGGCAGGUGGGAUGGCUCGAGCGGUGUUGCUGCUAUUGUUUCCCUCAACGGACAUGAGAACAUGAAGACCGCUGCCAGUCUCACCGAGACGCUACUGGACCCUGUCACCGGCUUCUCCGAGGAGCCUACCGAGGCUGCGUUUCAGCGCGGCCACCGCACACGCCUUCCUUGCUACGAAUGGCUCGAGGAGCCGGAGAACAUAAUCACUCUGAGUAAGUUCCCGAACGCGAUGCGGGGCACGACCCACUACAACUCUGAUAAGGUCGUCAACGAAGGAUUCGAAUGGGCCAAGCUUCCAGAAGGCAGUCUUGUCGUCGACGUCGCUGGUGGAAUCGGCAACUUGACCAUGGUGCUCGCCAGCACGCACAAGCAUCUCCGUUAUGUAGUUCAGGAUAGGCCUGCUGUCAUUAAAGCCGCGCAUGAGCACUGGGCACAGAAGAUGCCAGGCUAUGUCGAGAAGGGCAUCGUCCGCUUGGAGCCCCACGACAUGUUCGACCCGCAGUACAUUCGUGACGCAUCCAUCUUCCUUCUGCGCUACACGACGCAUAACUGGUCCAACAAGUACGCUACCAAGUUCCUAACGCGCCUCCGCGAGGCCGCGCAGCCCGAAACGAAGCUUAUCAUCAUCGACGGCAUCUCGGACUACCUCUGCCGCGACACGAGCAGCAUCGACAACAUCCCUGGAGCAGCGAAGGCUGCGGCUCCCGAGCCUCUACUGGCGUACCCCGACUCUACCAUUGGUUGGGGCUAUCUAAUGGACAUGAACAUGCUCGGGAUGAUGAACUGCCAGGAGCGGACGGUCGGGGAGUUUAUGACACUACUGAAGGCCUCCGGUUGGAAGAUUGAGAGGAUCUGUCGCUUUGAGGCCCCUCUGCCACAGCAAAUCAUCUGCACGCUACUUUGAGAUUCGACUUCCGUUCUCUCACGAAUAUAUU